ACAUGCUCUGCAAAAUUUUCAUCCCAUCUCUUCUUCUCCUUUUCACGACUUCAACUGCAUUUGACAAGGAGCUUGGUAAAAAGUGUUACAUUUCGUGUGUCAACUCUACAAGUAUCGCUGAAUGGGAAACAUGCGAAAAAACGUGUUUUGGGCAAGGAGAUGAUGAGGAUAAAGCUUAUAUAAAUUGUUAUGUCAAUUGUGUCGAUCUGUACUUCGCUCCGGAUGGCAAGUUGAUAGAUUUUAACAACUUUCUAAAAUGCGCCGAAGAAUGCCCAGGAGCUACUGAUCACUGAGGAUCAAAUGUUUCAUUUGAAUAAAUGUUUAAAUUUAAUUUUUUUAAAUGAAUAUUU